AUGAGCUCAAAUACUAAAAAAAUUUGGAUUGUACGUAAUGAAGAAGAACAACCUGGAAAAGUGGCAGUUGAUUUUGCUCAAAUACAGGAUUUGGAUGAUCUCAAGGAAUUUCUCUUUGGUCCAAACGAAAAAACAUUAUACAUAGGUCAUUUUAAAGGCGCAAUACUCAGUGUGGAUGCCAGUAUUCCAAUAGAUACUACUGCUAACAAUCCACUCAUAUUUCGCAAAGGUAUACCAAACGUACCGAAGCCGUCUCCACCCAAACCAUCUCCAGUUGUACCGAAACCAAUACCAGCACCACCGACACCAGUAAUUCCCAAUAUUCCAGUCGAUGCUCAAUGGAAGCAGAAUGGGGUGACUGUUGCUGGAGGCCAUGGAUCGGGCAAUGCCACCGAUCAACUCAACUUGCCUCAUGGUCUCUUCGUUGAUGAUGAUCAAACGAUGAUUAUCGCUGACUUCGACAAUCAUCGUAUCAUCCAAUGGAAAAUGGGUGAUACGAAUGGACAAGUGAUAGCUGGUGGCAAUGGCCAAGGAAAUAGAUUGGAUCAAUUGUAUUGUCCAACCGAUAUGUUGAUCGACAAAGAGACGAAUAGUCUCAUUAUCUGUGAUCAAACAAAUCGACGAGUCGUACGGUGGCCUCAUCGUAGUGGUACAACUCAAGGAGAAAUCCUCAUCGACAACAUCGCUUGUACAAGAGUGGUCAUGGGUGAUCAGAGAUAUCUCUACAUCUCUGACUACAAAGAACAUGAAGUAAGACGAUAUCAGAUAGAAGAUAAGAAUGGAACCAUCGUGGCUGGUGGCAAUAGCGAAGGUGAUGGUCUCAAUCAACUCAGAUGUCCGUUCUACGUCUUUGUAGAUCAACAACAGGCUGUCUACGUGUCAGACAAAAACAAUCAUCGUGUAAUGAAAUGGAAUAAAGGUGCAAAAGAAGGAAUUAUCGUCGCUGGAGGUCAAGGCGAAGGGACUACUCUGACACAAUUGUCGUAUCCUGCAGGACUGUUCGUCGAUACAUUGGGUAUCAUCUAUGUGGCAGACCAUGGGAAUCAUCGAGUGAUGCGUUGGCCUGAAGGAGAGAAACAGGGCACUGUCAUUGUGGGUGGAAAUGGUGAAGGAAAAGGAGCAAAUCAGUUCGCCUAUCCCAUGGGUUUGUCCUUCGAUCGACAUGGCAAUCUCUAUGUCGUCGAUUUGUUGAAUAAUCGUGUUCAACGUUUUUCAAUCGAAUAG